AGAGCGGCACUGCCCCGCCGGCCCCUGAUGUGAUGGCGAGGAAACCCCGUUGACAAGGCACUGCUUUUUCAUGACGGAACUUAAAGGUGUUAAAUGAAUAUCUUCAGGCACCACGCUAUAACUCAUUGUCAUGGAUGAUGACGAUGACCGCCGCCUUCUAGAUAUAAUAGGGGAUGUGCAGGCAUUAAAUGAUUAUCUUCAUGGCUCAAGCAAUAAAUCAAUUGAUGAAGAUGACCUGGCCAGCGCUGCCUUUGGUUCAGCCAACUCCCUGUUUGCCAGUUCCACUAGUGCUGGACCCCAGAGCCUGAAGGAUGUGAGUAACCACCUGGAGGGACCCGCGGGGGUGGGGCUGCAGCUCUCCAGCAGCCUGCAGUUCCUGGAGGACGAGCUGGGGGGCGCCUCUCCCCUUGUGGGUGGUGAGCUGGGGGAGGAGCAGCCCUUCGACAUCCUGCAGAAAUCCCUCCAGGAGGCCAACAUCACAGAGCAGACGCUGGCUCAGGAGGCCUUUCUGGAGUCUUCCUCCAUUGGCCCGGGCCAGCCCUUCCCUCAGCAGCUGGGGCUGUCGCACCUCCCUCACCUGCAGCAGCCUAUGGGGGGGCACUUCCCUAACAUGCAGCCCCACAGCUUCAUCCAGCAAGUCCACCCCCAGCACUUGCACAAUGGACACCCGGCCGGCCAAAUCCAGCUGCUGGGUUCCUUCAACGCCCAACCCUCCAUGAUGACCAUAAACAACCUGGAUCGACCCCAGAUCAUCCUGAAGCCGGACCAGCCCUCCUCCCCUGGCAUGGGCAGCGGGCUACUGGUCCAGAGGCAGUCCAGCAGCAGCAGUGCUGGCUGUGUUCCCAUGUUCAGCAGCUCCGUGGGCUCACAGCUGGCCAUGCCCUUCAAAGGCUGCGGGCUCCAGACUCCCCUGCCGCUGCAGAACAUCAUCAUCCAGAGGGGGCCCUCUCAGUCAUUGGGGGGGAAUGCUGCCAUGGCUGCAAAUCAGAGCCAGAAAGGGCCCAUUAGCAUUCAGCCCAAGCCCCUGCAGGUGGGCCAUCAGACUGUGUACAGUGUGAACAGCAUGGGGAUCCAGACUCAGCAGCAGCAGCAGGGCAGCCCCUACGUCUCAGACAGCUCUCCCCAAGCAGGCCAGCAACAGCAGCAGAUGACAGUCGACAUUGCCAGCCAGCCAGGGCUGAGGACAGCCAUGCAUGGGCACCAGGGGAUCAACCACUCGAACAGCAGCAUUGCGAUCCACCCUCCUAUGGGAGGGCAGCACCAGCAGCUCCAGCAGCAGCAGCCCCACUUGCCUCAGAAUCAGUUUCUGCUCCCUACUUCCCUCUCCGUCACCCCAAGCUCCACGAGACAAAGCGUUCAGGCUCUCAAUGGUCAGAUCCUGCACACCCAACAGGGCCAGCUGCUGUCUAACAAUACCGACCCAGCCUUCAGCAACCGGACUUCCGCAAACCCUUCCUACUCCAGCUCCGUCCUGGCCAAUCACAAUGCAGCUGUGCAGCUGGUUUCGAGGCAGAGCUUUGCAGCUCCUGGAGGGCAGCUCUUAGUUAAUCAGCAGCUACAGCAAGUCUCCCCCACUGUGCUGCAUCUCUCGGCCUCUCAGGGGAACAUGCCCACAGCCCGGGCAGGGUUCCCCAUGAGUGGGCAGCCGGGAUCCAUGAUGGUCCAAGGCAUUCAAAUCCAGAACAGGUUUGCUGUCAUAAACUCGACUGCCUCCAUGCAUCCUGGCUAUGGAGGUCAGAGCCAGCCGGGGGUUCAAGGAGGCACUGCCCAGCAAGCCCUGCAGCAGCAGCAGCAGCAGUUGUUACAGGUCAGGCAGCAGGUACCCGUCAGCAUGGGCCACCGCUUCCUCAUCCCUGUGUCCCAAGCAUCCAGCACUAGUGCUCAGCACGUGGGGAAUCAAGUGGCACAGCAGCAGCACUUUGAAACACCGCAGUUUGGGCAGAAUCAGGUUCAGAAGGAAGCAGGGAUUCAGACAUCAGCAGGAUUUGUUUCGAAGCUGCAGGAUGGCUUAAGACAACCUCAGUUGGCCAACCUCCUCAGUAACAAAGCUGGUAAGGUCUUGGGCGGGUCAUCGUCAAACGUGGAGAACAUACUGCAGCUGCAGAACAGAGUGUCCAGACAGACUCCCCUUCAACAGAACACACAGGUUGGUACACAGAAGAGGCCAGCAUCUCAACAGCUAACAAAAGGAAGCUUCAUCCUACAGCAGCUGCACAAGGACCAGACCUGCGUCCACGCUGCCGACCGCUCCCCCUUCACUUGUGUGGACGAGGCAAUACACAGACUGCUGCCUUACCACGUCUUUCAGGGAUCACUGCCCUCCCAAGAAGAGUUUACAAAAGUGGAUGAUGAGUUUGAGGCUGUGUCCACGCAGUUGCUGAAGAGAACACAAGCCAUGCUGAACAAGUACAGGCGCUUACUAUUGGAGGAGUCCAAGCGGCUCAACCCCUCUUCCGAAAUGGUGAUGAUUGACAGGGUGUUCAAUCAAGAGGAGAGAGCCACGCUGACUCGGGGGAAGCGGCUGUCUCUCAUGGAUCCAGAUGGCUUCCUGGAGGACUUUUGUUGUUUGGCCAAACCUGCAGAGCAAAGCGCUGGUGAGGAGCCGGCACUCCCUCACCUUGCUCUCUCCUCCCCGAGCUGCGCAUCGCUGAGCCAGGCCAGGCUCCCGGAACUGAGGGCCGAGCCCAGGGGAUCCAGCCCAGCUCCAUGCAGCUUGUUACAGUGUGAAUCAUCCUCCAGUGGAUGA